GGAAGCCAAGAUGGCGUCGAUCGUCGGCUCUGAAGUUGAAAUUCAGGAUGGUGAAAUUGUUGAGGUGGAAUCUAUCCCUGUGGAGAUGAAUAUCGAAACGGUAGAGACUGUAGGAGAUGCUGAUACGAUAGAAGUUCAACCUAUGAUAGCUUUACAGCCGCUGCCGGAGGCUGCCCAUGAAGAAAUCGUGAGUUUACGAGAGGAAGUUGUUGGCGGGGAUCCGCACCUCGUGUACACGGAGACCAUUCCUGUUCCUGCACCGUCAGAGAUAGAAAUUUCUACUGAAGAUAUCCUUACGACGAGACGUGGAAAAGGUGGCAAAAAGAAGGGAAAAUCUAGGAAUAUUGUUAUUCAUGACUAUGAGGACAUUCAUUCCCCGGCAGCGGGUCUGGCCUUGGACACUUCUUCAACACCGAAAAAAUGGGAACAAAAACAGGUGCAAAUCAAGACGCUGGAAGGCGAAUUUUCUGUCACAAUGUGGGCAUCAGAUGACGGUCUCUCAAAUCUUCCCUCGGACUCUGAUGCUGAUUACACAGAAUACAUGACAGGAAAGAAGAUACCACCAGGCGGUAUACCAGGGUUAGAUCUUAGUGAUCCUAAACAAUUAGCAGAGUUUGCUAGGUCCAGUGCAGAGAAGGGUAAUUCUUCAUUUGGACGAAAAGACAUCAGAAUGAAGCCUCGGAAGCCUCAGGAUGAUGUCCCAAGAACAGUACCGUGUCCACAUAAGGGAUGUACGAAGAUGUUCCGUGACAAUUCUGCCAUGAGAAAGCAUCUGCACACCCACGGGCCGCGUGUUCACGUGUGCGCAGAAUGUGGCAAAGCAUUUGUAGAAAGUUCCAAGUUAAAACGACAUCAGCUUGUUCACACGGGAGAGAAACCUUUCCAGUGUACCUUUGAAGGUUGUGGCAAACGAUUUUCAUUGGAUUUCAACCUGAGAACACACGUGCGAAUUCAUACCGGUGAUCGGCCCUACGUAUGCCCUUUCGAUGGAUGUAAUAAGAAAUUUGCACAGUCAACAAAUUUAAAAUCACAUAUAUUGACACAUGCGAAAGCAAAAGCUGGCAGUGUACAUCAGAGUCCGACGACCGUUUCAUAUGAUGAAUAUUAUACCGUUGUGCAAGAUUCAAGAGGGUUGGUGUCGCCACAGAUUAAAGUAGAGUUUGCCCCAGAAGAUGCCAUUGUUGAGAAUCAUGCCCAAGCACUACAGUUCCAGCUCUCACCCCAGUAGUUUAUAUUUCAUCUGAUCGAUAUUGUCUCCCAGGUCAACUUGUAAAUAAUCACACCAUUAAGAAAUCUGAUUACCAUUUAAUACGGUGAAUGACUAAAAAAGUUGUACAUGUAUACAAAAUUGUGAAAAUUUCAUGAAUUAUUUCCUCUGUUCGGGAAAGUUUUAUCUCAUCAAUCAUUGGAUCAUUAUGUAUAUUUGUGCAAAGUUCAUUUCAGUCCUUAAUUGGUUCAGCAUGCUACCCGUUAUUUCUCAGUCAGAGUGCAUUCGUAUCUUUUUCUUAUUGUAAAUGGGACAUUGCAAUGGAUAUUAAAAUCAUCACGUUUGGACCUUAUUGGCGAUUUUAUGGGCUAUCACAAUUUGUAGGGUUUCAUUUUCCGGUUUGUAUGCUCUAUUAUUGCAGUAGAGUAUGGUAAGGUGUGCUAGCCUAUUAACACUUCACAUUGCACAACUGAAGUGUGUUUUGAUUUCAAAUAAGUUUGUCCUAAAUUCAAGUGUUUGGAAUGAGGUCGGGGGAUUCUACCAACUGCCCCAACUAUGGUAUGGUAAGGUGUGCUAGCCUAUUAACACUUCACAUUGCACAACUGAAGUGUGUUUUGAUUUCAAAUAAGUUUGUCCUAAAUUCAAGUGUUUGGAAUGAGGUCGGGGGAUUCUACCAACUGCCCCAACUGGCAACCAUGCUGAAAUAUCCUGGUUGUAAGCAUGUCCUGAAAUGGAAUCAAAAUGCACAAACUGCCCUGUUUAUUGUUCGUUGUACUUCUGUAUACAAAUAUUGCUGGUUUCUGUAAUUGUAGCCAAUUAUGUAAGUUUUCACUUGUACAAUUCUUCUGUUUUCAGACCAUCUUCUGCAUAAUACGGCUGGUUCAAGUCAAUAUGAACUUCUGAGAUUGUGCCCAGGUGGCAGCACUGAAUUCUCCUGUGUUUCCUGCUCAACUAACUAAACGAGCCAAGGGUUGUCCAACACCAUUGCUCUUCAGUAAUACUUUUAAAAAUGAGAAAGGCAAUCCUCCAAAUUGUGUUGGAAAUGAUAUGUCCAAAAAUACAGUAGCAUGGAAGUCAUAAGCUGAUGCCUGGCUGAUGUUUCUAAUUUUUGAAGAGAUCAUGAAAUAUACUUUAUCAAAGUGGUGUGUCUGAAUCUCUCUAGCUACUUGGUUGUGCUAUUUAUGUUUCUGCUCAAAUUAUGACUUCAUCUUGCCUUUGGUCAUGGUAAAGAUUUGUGCUACACAUAAGUCUGAAAUAGCCUGAUGUCCCUAAAAUUGGUAAAUUCAGCAAUGUGAGCUUAAUAUUUUUUUAUAGCCAGUUGAAAUAUUGUCCUCCGCAACAAAUUAAUCUGAAUUAGCCAUUAGGACUUUAUUGAAGGGAGGCUGCAGGCAGGAGCUAGGUGGGCCAGAUGAAGAUCUCAAAGUUGCAGACGUCUCCACUAUCGCCCAUUGCUAAUAGUGUCAGUCUUCUACAAAAAAGAUUUCUAUGUCCUCUCGAAGUCAGUCUGGUUUGCCAUAGAAUUUAUCAGUGGUUUGCACGAAAUUUUAUUCAAGUCCAGGCAGAUAUCACAGUAUAGUUCCCAUACUGUGUUGAUGUCAUUAGGCAGACACACAGUAUAUUUAUGUUUGCAGUGGUCUGAAUUAUACUGAAAAGCUAUUUCUUUAUAAAAGUAGCUUGCUAUAUUUAUUGUUUUAUUCAUGAUUUAAAUAUUCCUUCAACUCGCUAUCAGUUGGUAUGCAUGUGAGUUUGGUAAUGAGAAAACGGCCUCAAGACUAUGUUUGUUAAACAUCAUUUUAGAGGGUUAUACUUAUUGCAGUUGUGUAUUAUUGGAAAACUGAAAUUUGUGGCUGCAUUCAGUUAUCAUGAUUAUCAUUAGUUAUCAUGAUUAUCACUAUGUACAUUAUUUGUCACUGUCUAUAUGUAGUUAAAAAUCUGCAGUGAAAUAAACCUAUAAUUGACUUUGA